AUGGCUAUGUACUCCAAGGUUGGUAGUAGUUCUGGGGUGAAUCAGAGGUUUAAAAAUAAUUUUAUGCUAGUGUGUGAGUUCUGCAAAUGCAAAGAAAAUAGUAAGGAGUUUUGUUACAAGGUGGUAGGAUAUCCUCCUAACUUUAAAUCCAAAAGAAAGUCUCAAGAUGUUAAUUCUGGUCAGGCAAUAGUUGAUGCUGGUCACACUCAAGCAAAUUUCUCAUAUGGUAUGAACACUAAUGUUCAUAUACCAGGUAAAGGCACAAAGGGUGAAUCAUAUACAGCUAACAUGAAUGCUAAUUUAGCUGUAAAUACCCCUAAUAGAACAAACCAAGCUGAGAAGGACGUUCAACAACUUCUUCAGGGUUGUACUUUCACAAAAGAUCAGUAUGAUCACAUACUUCACAUGUUUCAACAAAGAUCAGAAUCUGCUGGAGCAACCUGCAAUGCUACUCAUUCAGCAGGUAAUGUGUUUUUUGUCUCUGAAAAUCACAUGGUGUCUAAUUUGGAUAUGUUGAUUAAAGAGUCUGUAUCAAAACUUGAGGUUCCUAAGACAAUAUAUCAUCCAAAUGGUGAUGCUACUCAAGUUAGUCAUGUUGGAUCAUGUGCAUUAUCUACUAGAAAUGUGCUUACAGAUGUGUUUCAUCUUCCAGAAUUCAAAUAUAAUUUAAUGUCUUUCAGCAAGAUCACAAAGGAAUUAGGAACUUUACAGUGGAAGGUGAAGGAGGUUGGUAGAGAGGCUGGAGGAUUAUACUUGUUGUUGCAUCAGUUAGCUGAUAAAAGGAAAGAGUCUGCAUUAAAGUCUGCACUUGUAGCUACCGAUUCAAGCUCAACUUAUCAUGAUUCAGAUAUGGAAUUAUGGCAUAAGAGAUUAGGGCAUGUUUCAUCAACAGUUCUUGCUAGAAUAUUUGAUAUGAAUAAGCAGAUAUUCUUACAAUAUGUCAAGACUCAAUUUGGUAAGGUGGUGAAAAUAAUAAGGACUAACAAUGGCACAGAGUUUGUCAAUUCUAUUUGUGAUCAGUUGUUCCAAGAUAUGGGAAUCGUACAUCAGAAAACUUGUCCAUAUACCCCUCAGCAAAAUGGAGCAGAUGAGAGGAAACAUACACACAUACUUGAAGUAACCAGAGCUAUGAGGUUUCAAGAACAAGUUCCUUUAAGAUAUAGGGGACACUGUGUCUUAGCUGCAACUUAUGUUAUUAACAGACUUCUAGGCAGUGUCAUUAAUUUUCAAACUCCCUAUGAGAGAUUGUAUGGUACUCCACCUGUAUUAAGUCAUUUGAGGACACUUGGUUGUUUAUGCUUUGCCAAAGAUCUAUCUGUCCAUGACAAAUUGAUGGCGAGAUCAAGAAUGGAUAUGCAUAUGGGAUAUUCAGAAGUACAAGAUGGGUAUAUACUGCUAGAUUUAAGCAGCAAAUCCUUUUUUACAAGUAGAGAUGUUUAG